AUUUUUUUUCUCUCUGUUCUUUCUGAUUAUUAUUUUCUUACAAGUCUCCAUUGACAAACUAAACCUGGCGACUAGUCAAGGAGCACGACCGUAGACUUAAAAAGAUUUGAAGCUUUAUAAAAAAUGCACACUCUUCAUAUGAUCUCUCUCCCCCUACCUCUAAUAAGCUUUUAUCAUGGUUUUGUUCUUGUUAUUCGUCCUGUUUUCCCUCUUCUUCCUCUGCACCCAUGUCUCUUCCGCGGAUACAAUCUCCGCUGACUUCACUCUCUCCGGAGACCAGACAAUCUUAUCCUCCGGCGGAACUUUCAAAAUGGGUUUCUUCCAACCCGGUAAUUCUACAAACUUGUACAUAGGUAUGUGGUACCAAGAACUCUCUAUACAAACAAUCGUCUGGGUAGCUAACCGAGACAAACCAGUCUCCGACAAGAAAACAUCAGUUCUCAAAAUCUCCAACGGUAACUUAGUUCUACUCGACGGAAACAACCAGACUCCAGUUUGGUCGACCGGUCUCAACUCUUCCUCUGCUCACGAGGCCGUUUUGCUCGAUGAUGGCAAUCUCGUUCUCAGAGACGAGUCCGGCUCUCCUCUAUGGCAAAGCUUCGAUCAUCUCGGUGACACGUGGCUUCCCGGAGCCAAAAUCCGGUACGACAAACGAACCAAAAAAAGUCAACGUCUCACGUCGUGGACGAGUAUUGAAGACCCAGCACCAGGUUUGUUCUCUGUCGAGCUAGACGAGUCAACAGCUUACAAGAUCCUCUGGAACGGGUCCAAGGAGUACUGGUCGAGUGGUCGUUGGAACCCUCAGAGCAAGAUCUUCGAUUCAGUUCCUGAGAUGAGACUCAACUACAUCUUCAACUACAGCUUUUUCUCCAACGCAACAGAGUCAUACUUCACUUACUCCAUCUAUAACAAGGCCAACAUCUCACGACUCGUCAUGGACGUUUCGGGACAGAUUAGGCAGUCCACUUGGUUAAACAACAACAACCAGUGGAACUUGUUUUGGUCUCAGCCUCGACAACAAUGUCAAGUGUAUGCUUUCUGUGGCUCCUUUGGGAUUUGCAGCGACAAGUCCCAGCCUUUUUGCCAAUGCCCUCGUGGGUUUAGGCCCGUGUCGCAAAAAGAUUGGGACAUGAAGGAUUACUCUUCAGGCUGCGUUGGAAAGACCGAGCUACAAUGCUCUCGUGGAGUCGUUAACCAGUUUCUGCCUCUUACCAACGUGAAACUACCUGACAAUUUAGAGGUAUGGGGGAUAACUAGUUUUAGUAUUUGCGGGUCGACUUGUCUAGGGAACUGUUCUUGUUUGGCUUAUGCACAUGACGAAAGCUCGAACCGAUGCUUGAUGUGGACUAAAGAUGUCUUCAAUCUUCAACAAUUCGAAGAAGAUUACAGUGAGGGGAAUACACUUUAUCUUAGACUCUCUGCUUCCGACAUGCCUAGUAGUUCUUCCUCCGGUAAGAGUAACAAAGCGAUGAUAUUUGGCGCGGUUCUAGGGUCGCUAGGGGCAAUAGCUCUUGUUCUGUUGGCGGUAAUCAUAAUGUUAAGGUACUGUAGGAGAAAGAGAAUGAGAGGAGAGAAGAGUGAUGGAACAUUGUGAUAAGCUACGUCAAUGUUAUUAUACGAAACGGGGAGGAGCAAAACAGAGGAGGUAUGACUUAGUGAACUAAAUGGGAAGCUUAGCUGGAAGAGAUAAGCUUAUUCAUUGGUUUACUUUUCAUUUCAAUAAGUCACUCAUUCAAAUUAGUAUAAAAAGCAAGCUGUUGUAUUUUGUUGCGAUUAGAUUUUGAUUAGCUUUUGCCUGCAUCUUGGCUGUUAUGUCUUUGCAUUCUUUGAUG